GCUCGGCCAGUUGCCGUGUCUUUGUUUGAGUCAUGGGUUAUAUUUAGACGGGCAUUGCAUGUGGCCUUUGGAUCACUACUACAUGGAGCCGAUCUAAUGAGGAGCAAGCGGUUGGUUCACUGCGAGCUGCAGCCGCCGGCCGGGACACGGCCUGUCCCUGCACUGAGCAUCGUGAAGCAUGAAGGCGUUGGCUGUGUGUGUCGGCACGGUGGGCGCAGUGAAGGCGAUGUGGGAAGGAAGGAUCCAACAGCGGACAGAGGAGCGAGAGAGGGAGGAGAAGCGGUCGGAGAGGAAGGCGCUGAAGGGGGUGACGGUGGUGUGGCAGGAGCGGAUAAACCUGGCCAGGCUGAAGGACAAGGUGGUCAAUGCAGAGGGAAGAAUUGUGCUAAAGAUAGAGAACGAAGCUUGGAAGUCACUACCAAAUGCAUUACGACAAAUGUCAUAUUUACAAGAAUGGCAGAUCCACAGAACUGGCCUGGAAAGCAUUCCUCGAUUUGUCGGAGUAUUUGAUAAUCUGCUUGUGUUGGAUCUAUCCCGAAAUUCAGUCAGAGAGAUCCCAAAGGAAAUAGGACAACUGACCAAACUGCAGGAGCUCUAUGUCAGCUACAACAGACUGCAGCAAAUUCCGCAUGAGCUUGCUGGCUGCAAAAACCUGGAGAAACUGGAUUUAGCUGUAAACAGAGAUCUCUGCGAUCUACCUGAACAGCUGUCCCAAUUGCAAAGGCUUUACCACCUCGACUUGUCCAUGAACCGGUUCACUUGCAUCCCAUUGGCAGUUACGAACAUGCCUGCCCUGGAAUGGCUAGAUAUGGGCAGCAACAAACUUCAAGAGCUUCCGGAUGACAUGGCUAGAAUGGAGAAACUGCACACUAUUUGGCUACAGAGGAAUGGAAUCACCCACUUGCCAGAGACCAUCAGUAAAUUGAAAAAUCUCAGCACUCUGGUUCUAACAAGCAACAAGCUGCAGAAAAUCCCAGUUUGUAUGGAAGAAAUGAUCAAUUUGAGGUUUGUGAAUCUGAGGGACAAUCCACUUCAGCUAAAAGUUACACUAUCCGAGUGUGCAAGCCCAGAGGAAGAGGAAGACCGUGAAUUAUUUGGGAUAGAAUAUAUGCAAGCCUACAUACAGGAAUUAAAAAACAGCAAUACUCAAACUUGUACCUCAGUACUGUCAGUUCCAAUUGAAGGUGAAAUCUCCAAUCAAAUCUAGAUAUCACAGUCAUGAAACAAAUGCUGGAUUAAAAUAAAAUGCAAAGCUACGUUUAUUUAUGUAAAAUUGGC